AAAAGCAUACCCACUCGAGCAAUUGCAGUAGCUACUACACAGCAGCAGCUCGCGAUGGCUCAUGCCUUGGGCAUCCUCCUCCUCCUCCUCCUGGUCUCCUCGUCCGCCAGCUCUGCCUUCGCCGACGCAGUGCUCGGACGGAAGGCCGGCGUCAUUCUCGAGGAGCCCAAGCUGGUGGCGACGCCAGGGAAGUACGCCGUGAUCUUUGACGCUGGUAGCACGGGCACGCGUGUCCAUGUCUUUCAGUUUGACAAGAAGAUGGACCUCGUCGAGAUCGGCGACGACAUCGAGCUCUAUGCCAAGGUGGAACCGGGACUGAGUUCAUAUGCCGGACGGCCACAAGAAGCGGCCAAGUCUAUCAUACCUCUGCUUGACAAGGCCAAGAGCACUGUGCCUCGGUGGCUCAUGGGAGAAACACCCGUUAAAUUAGGGGCCACGGCCGGACUCAGGCUUAUCGGGGAUGACAAGGCAGAGCAAAUUCUUGAAGCAGUCAGGGAUGUUAUCCACAGCAAGAGCAAAUUUCAGUACAAUCCUAGUUGGAUCAAUGUUAUCGAGGGAUCUCAGGAAGGAUCUUACAUAUGGGUUGCUCUAAAUUAUUUGUUGGGUAAACUGGGAGGAGACUACGUCAAGACAGUAGGUGUGAUUGACCUUGGAGGUGGGUCCGUGCAGAUGACAUAUGCCAUCUCUUCAGCUGCUGCUGCCGCCGCUCCCAUAGUGUCUGACGGGAAGGAACCGUACGUCACCAAAGAGUAUCUCAAAGGAAGAAACUACAAUGUCUAUGCUUACAGGUUGGACCCUAUAGCUCUCCUUUGUUAUUUUACUUACUACGUUGGUCUUAAUUACUGCAAUUCUACAAGGCCCUAUGAUACAUAUAGCUUCCCUAAUUAAGCUCCUCUUUUAGUUUACUUACAUGGAUCUUAAUUGGUGCAAUGCUACAAUGCUUGAUCGGUGGUAAAUUUUGAACUAAACAAGGAUUGCAGGCACAUAUACACCGGUUAAUUUUGGACAUGAUUCUAGGAUAACAGAAUCGCCGACUCGGUUAGAAAUAUAUCAUGUAAAACCAACUAUUACUCUUUCUGCAGCAAUAUAUAGAACAGGUUAUAGUUGUAUGACAUAACUAACAAUCAUACAUAGUUAUAUAUUAGUACAAUGGUAAAGAAAUUCGGACUCAGAACUAAUAUUAUGUAAGGCAUACUAGUGGAACAAGUGGUAUGUGAAGAAUACACGGAAGCAAAAGUUCAUUUGUUCAUACCUAAGCUCUCGAGUCAUACAUGAUGGAUCCUCAAUUCAAAUAGAACCAUGUUGUGCUAAGCUUAUUUUAAAAUAGAGAAUGCUUGUCGGAAGAUCUAAAUUAUAACAAUCCAUCGCAAUGCCGAACUAGGUCCGCAAUACUAAGUCUCACAUCAGAGCAAAAUGGUUUUGGAUUGUGUUGUGGUGGUUUCACACACGUGCAAGGCAUCGAGGUGAAUACAAAAGCAGAAAUAUUAUAGAUAAUGGGAAAUUAGAAAUAUAUCAGGUAAAUAGAGUUUUCUAUUUCUCAGGAUAAAAACAAAAUAGGAAAUAGGAAUAGAGUAGUAUAUUAAAAUUAGGGUCUAUGUCAACUAAGCCAAAACAGAAUGGAGCGUGAUGUGAAAGCCAAACUCUCUUUUUUUCUUUUCUUUUUUGGGAUCAAUGUGAAAGCCCUACUCUGUGCGUGGUGAUAAGUGUGUAACGAUGGAGCAUCCAAAUGUCACGGUGUCUUGCAAGGAGCU